CCCUCCUGUUUCCGGUGCCGUCACGGGACAGAGCCGUCGGUGACAGCCCCAAGGGCCCCCGCCCCGCGCCCAUGGCCGAGCCGGACCCCUCUGACCCUCUGGAGACCCAGGCAGGGAAGGUGCAGGAGGCUCAGGACUCAGAUUCAGACACUGAGGAAGGAGCUGCAGGCGGAGAAGCCGAGAUGGACUUCCUGCGGAAUUUCUUCUCCCAGACACUGGGCCUGGGCACCCAGAAGGAGCGUCUGCUGGACGACCUGACCCUGGAAGGGGUGACCCGCUACAUGCAGAGCGAGCGCUGUCGCAGGGUCAUCUGUUUGGUGGGAGCUGGGAUCUCCACGUCCGCCGGCAUCCCUGACUUCCGCUCCCCAUCCACGGGCCUCUACGCCAACCUAGAGAAGUACAAUCUUCCCUACCCGGAGGCCAUCUUUGAGAUUGGCUACUUCAAGAAACACCCAGAGCCCUUCUUUGCUCUUGCCAAGGAACUCUAUCCUGGGCAGUUCAAGCCGACCGUCUGUCACUACUUCAUCCGCCUGCUGAAGGAGAAGGACCUACUGCUGCGCUGCUACACGCAGAACAUAGACACGCUAGAGCGAGUGGCGGGGCUGGAGCCUGAGGACCUGGUGGAGGCCCACGGCACCUUCUACACCUCACACUGCAUCAGCCCCCUCUGCCGACGGGAGUACUCGCUCAGCUGGAUGAAAGAGAAGAUCUUCUCCGAGGUGACUCCCAAGUGUGAGAAAUGUCACAGUGUGGUGAAGCCUGACAUCGUGUUCUUCGGUGAGAACCUCCCAGCGAGGUUCUUCUCCUGCAUGCAGUCAGACUUCCUGAAGGUGGAUCUCCUCAUCAUCAUGGGUACCUCCCUGCAGGUGCAGCCCUUUGCAUCCCUCAUCAGCAAGGCACCCCUCUCUACCCCGCGCCUGCUCAUCAACAAGGAGAAGACUGGGCAGACUGACCCUUUCCUGGGGAUGAUGAUGGGCCUCGGAGGAGGCAUGGACUUCGACUCCAAGAAGGCCUACAGGGACGUGGCCUGGCUGGGUGACUGUGACCAGGGCUGCCUGGCCCUUGCCGACCUCCUCGGAUGGAAGAAGGAGCUGGAGGACCUCGUCCGGAAGGAGCAUGCCAGCAUUGAUGCCCAGGCAGGGUCGGGGAGCCCCAACCCCAACACUUCGGCUUCCCCCGGGAAGUCUCCACCUCCUGCCAAGGAGGAGGCCAGGACCAUGGAGGGGGAGCAGGGCCAGUGACAGCUGCACCUCCCGGGACAGCAGAGCCGCCACCAGCCCUGGCCCCCUCUAACUUGCAGCUCUUGUCUGGGGAGCUCAGAAUGUUGCCCCAGUCUCUUAACCACCCCCUCUCAAAACUGGGGUCCCAGCCCCCUGACCCUGGCAAAUCUCUAACAGCACCCAGGGGCCGAGGCCUGCGCAGCUCAGCUGUAACAGCCCACGGUCUCUAACCACCCGCGGGGAUGCGGGUCAACCUCCCCUAAUCUCUAACUGCUCCCAGGGCCAGGGCUGCCUCUAAACUCCUAACUGUUCUGGACAGGGGCCCCAGGGCUCCCCGGGGCUCCCCAUGCCCUCUACCGCUCCUAGGGACCUGUGGCCAAGUCGGCCAAGUCUAACGUACCCUGGGUGGAGUUUGGGCCCUCCAGACAUAACACCCUCUGGGGGGAGCUGAGCCUGAAGGCCUCCCCAGUCUGUGUCUCCCACUCCCAAAGUGGGUGCUGGACCCCUUCCCUUUGGGACCCACUUCCCCUGCCGGGAGGGGCAGAUAAUGUUGCUUAUUGGAGACAAAUUAAAAACAAAAACAACUAACGAUCA